CACCUCCUCUACCUCUACCCCAGUGCACUGCCAAUCAUCGAAAGAAUGGAGACACUGAUGAACCUGUUGGGACGGUCUCUCCGGUCCCUUCAGGCGGGUACAACGUCCGACCAUGAUUUCGAUCCCGCCCAUUGACGUGGCCGCGGGCCCGAUUGUAAACAAACAAAUGCGCUUCCUUGACCACUCAUCAAUCCAGGUGAUCCUUGCCAGGGUCCUGGAAAUCCAUCCUUACGGCCCAACAAAUCCGUGUCGCUCCCCAGGCAUCAGAGGCAGUACGCAUCACAAGCACCUAGCUAAUUCAAGCGACUGGAUCGCGUACAAGUUUGGCUGCAUUGGCGGGGAAAGGCUUUCCGGUCAUCCGUCUUCCGCACAUCAAACGUCGUUGUCAUCGUCAUCGCUGUCAUUGACGCCCGUUUUGCUGACGACCAUUGUGACACAACCGACCCAGCUCAGCAGAUAUGCCUUCAGAUUGGCUGUGUGUGGGGGAAAUUGCGGUGUGACCCUCAUUCGAGAUCCAUGUAUGGGCUCAUGUGCAAAUGUGUGCCACCCCGGUCAUUCACGUCCAGUCGAUACGCUGCGUCGCCCCUUACCCCGCAACGUGAGCGAUCUCUGGUUUCCACGAUUCCCACCACGCCCCCCCCGACCGGAUGCACACAGAUCGCGGAUAUGAGAUCCACACUAGACUGAGUUUGAUGAGUGAUCUCGUGCACAUUCUAGUGCAAAUGCUUGGUUUCAACUUCAUCUUGACCAUCAAUCCUCAAGCUCGCCUCCAGAAAGAAAAGACAUCGGUCGGUCGGUCGGUAGACCUUGGAUGGAGACGCCAGGAGAGAGGGCUGGCUGGCACA